GGGGGGGGGGUGGGGGGGGGGUGCUUAGAAUCCCUGUACUGGGCCCCUAUAGUUUAUGAGUCCCUUCAUCCAUAGGGCCCCUAACUAGCACAGAAGCUCUUGCUGACACUACGGUACACAUUGUUCUAUAUGCUGAAAUUUCCUUACUCGGGGCCCCUACAUUGACGGGGCCCCCCGCGGCCGCUCAGUCCGCGCACCGUUAAAUCCGCCACUGACUACAACGCGUGUGUGGUUGUAGUGUAUUGGAGCCGCGUUGUCUUUUAGGACACACUCGCCUUGGACGACUUCUCCUGCUGAUGAAGACAAUCAGAGUCAAUCAAACACGGCCAAAUAUACCGAUAAACCGCCUGCAACUAAAAAGAGAAGAAACACAGCCCCCAAUAAAGGUAAACUAUAUCUGUGGCGCGUACCCUUCUGCCUUCACCUGGCCGUUGGAGAAGACUACACGCCCUUAGCACAUCAAGGGAUUUUCGGUUUUCUGUGGUGGACCUGGCCUGUUUCCGUGGCAACCAAUCAAUAAGAUUUUGCCUCGUCGUGGUGUGUACCCUCUGGCAAAACAAGAAGCAAAAGCUCCAACUGCUCUCUCUCGGCUAAGGCGCGCAUACAUGUAGCGUGCAGGAGAAAAGGUGAGGCACGACAACAGCUAACAGUAGAAGGAACGGACCAUCAAGCGAAACGGAACGAUACAGGAGAAGCAGAAAGGGAUCUAAAAGAAGCGAAGCAGGCAGGCAGAAACCACCCCCGACGGUUGCCCUCUCCUGUAGUUGUUCCAAUCGAAUCCUGCUUCCUUUCAAUCUGUUGUCAUUCUGCUGCUGGCGUCGCUGUGUUGCCUUCCUCUUGUCUCUGUGCUCGUUGCCUCUGCCCGGUUUAUUGCCUUCCCAACCCUUUCCAAGCGAUUGUUUAAAAAUGGAAAAUAACCGACAGAAUUCGUCGCUGCGCUCCCCCCUCAAUGCCCCUUCCCCGCAACCCCUCCAUUUGACGGCACCAGCAGCAGCAGCGCGUCCUUCUUUCGUGUUCGUGAUGUGUCGUGUUCGUUACGGUUGGGUAAUUUUAUUCCUCUUCCUUGGAUAGCAGCAGCAGCAGCAGCAGCUCCACCACACUCUCCCCACCAGCCAUUCACACUCGACUCAGGCUUGUCACGCUGUCUCUUUCUAUGCUUCUCUCUCCCUUUCUUUCUCUCUCUCUCUCUCUCUCUCUCUCUAUCUAUCUAUCUCUUUCUUUCUCUUUCUGUCGCAGUUUCUGUUUGCCCUGCCUCACCUUUCAGGUUUUCGCUCUAUAUCCUCAUCUGUGUUAGAUCAACUCUCACACGGGAUAUCUAAAAAAAACCGUUGAGACCAUGGAGGAUCUCUCCAUCUCUGUCUCUCCCCAUUAGCCAUGUUUGUGUGUGGGGGUAUGUGUGUAUGUGUGUGUUCUUACGACUUCAGGGUGUACCAGGCUAAACCCGAUGGCAGAUAACAAAGCGUGGGGCAGGUGGCAAACGAAGGAGUAGCAGAACGGAUACCAAGCUGCGUCUUGCUCUGUUUUUCAUUCUCCAAUCUCCAGCAUGAUACGUUUGCGCAAGACCAGGGAAAAGGGAUGCUUGUGUCGUAGUCCGCACUCCAUCCACCCUCCAAUCCACCCUGCCAUCCACUCUGUGUAAAUAAUCUCUCGCACAACUCCCUGACAGCAACUCCUUUUCGUUACCGGAGUCACUUUCCGCGCCAUAUUGUUGUAUUGUGGGCUUUUGAUGAUUGAUUAUGGCGUACGUGUAUAUAUAUAUGUCUGUGUAUGUGUUUAUGGGGUGGGAGGGUGUUCGUUUCCGUAGCAGCGUGCUAUGCUACUAUUCCUUUGCUGUAGGGGAUGAUGUGUGGAUAAAUGGGCUUGAGGAGGCGUACGGUGGCACACUGUGCUGGGUGGAAGAGAAUGUACAAAUAAAGCGGGAGAAUAUAUCACAAAGGGAAAGGGAUCUGACGGCGCGUACAAUCAUGUCAUCUCGAACGAGCGAAUCCAGUUCUUCGUUUUGGGAUUGGAUGGGAUUGUCUUGCGAUGCGCGCAGACACCACGCAGCGACCAGCAGCGGCAGAAGCUCCGACAGCAGCCAAUCAUGUGUGACCGAGCCUACGAAAGAGAAAGAGAGAACAGAGAUCAACCAGACAGCAGGGACGCAGACACAAGCUAUGGAACAGAGCUAGCAGGAGGCAGCGCAAAAGAGCCUUAUUGGUUGAGCGUGUAUGAUGGGGAGCGACGCUGUGAGGACAUCUUUUUGGUGUGCGCCAGCUGCCGCUGCUGCAGCUAACCGUACAAAGGGAGAGAUUGUGCUUGCGGGGGUGAUUUUUUUUUUUCAGAUAGAUCCCGAAGCGAGAAUACUCACAGUCUUCAAAAGGAGAUAGCCUAUAAAGGCUAGGGCGUGCAUGAGCAGCUUGCUCGGGCUUCAACAAACCAAACCCUGGGAGAGAGCCAUCGCUGCUUGUUACGUAUCGAAUCUACCCCGCAAAAUGCAAAGGGUGUGUGAGAUGUGAAAAUGGAUGGCGAGCGCAGUUGAACUCUCUCUCUCUCUCUCUCUCUCUCUCUCUCUCCCUGUAUUUAUCUCUCUUUCCUCCAUGCGAGAAAGGCUACUGUUGCUGCUGCCGUGCUCUAGGAUACAAGAUCACGCUCCUCUUGUAGUUGCUCUGCGCUCUCACGUGCGCUCUCCGGUGCGCUCAGCUCCUAUUUAUCGUCCGGGUCUUAGCAGCUUCGGCUGCUUUCGACCUCGGUUCAGUCUGGGAUGCGAGCUUCAGGUGAGAAGAACGUACGCGCGUGUGUGUGUGUGCGCACGGUGUGUGUGUACGGCCGGAACGUUCCGCGCAGCAGCUCUAGAGCAAACAGGAGGGGCUCACCUACCCGCUCACAGUGACGGGACAGAGAGUGGCACGAUCCUGGCACCUGGGACAGAACUAUCGCGUAUGGGGUACUUGGUGAAGCUUCCCGUUGAUUGCAACUCCUCUGUGUACUGAAACUCCUUGCUACUAGUGAGUUGUUUGCUGUGAAUAGUGUAUAAUUUGAUGUGAAUAGUGUGGGAAAGGUGUGAUUCUGUUCAUUGAAGUAUAGCUGGAGCGUGAUAUUUGUCAAACCCUGUCACUCCUGUUUGAGGAGACUACUCAGCCUGAAGAAGACAUCUUCAACAUUUCUAACAAUCAAAUUGAAAACAUUGCAAAAAAAAAAAUUUGAAGAGUAGUAGUCCCGUUUUGGGAAGCUCACAAUAAUCAUGGACGUUGAAAGUAGUAGCGUGGCGAGUGCUGCCCCCACGACAACUCCCAUCGGACUUGGCACCACUGACGGUGGGUAUCUGUGUGCGGUGGUCAAAGCCGAGCGGCCGGAGGACACAGAGUCACCGCUAAGCGCCACAGAGCACUGCGCAGCCGAUGGGAUGGCGUUAGCGUCGGCGGAAGCAGUAUCGUCAUCAUCGUCUCCGGCCGACGCGCUCGAGGUCGCCAAACAUUCCGCGGACAGUGGCGAUGAGGAAGUCGUCGGCAACAGCAACAACAGCACGGCGGCGGCACUGCUGGCCGAAGGACACAGCCGCUUUCAUCAGGCCCGACAGCAGCGCCACAGUAGCAGCAGCAGCGGCGGCGGCGGCAGCGGAAGCAGCAGCAAUCGGCAGCGGGGCGAGCAUCUGCACCAGCUCACCGACGACAUGCUGCGGCGGAAGACGAUGAACAACAACAGCAGCACCGUGCCGAACAACAACAGCAGCAGCAGCAGCAGCAGCAACCGCGGAGGUGUCGGCAAGCGGUCGCUCGAAUCGACGGCGGAGAUGCUGCUGCAGCAGCAGCGGCGCCAGGCCGCGGCUGGCGGCUCUUCCACGGUUGGCAAGCAGCAGCAGCAGCAGCAGCGGCGCGUCGACGACGAGGACGAGGAAGACGCCGAGCGGACGACGCCGGCAAAGACGCCCGAGUACACCUGCCCGAUCUGUAACGCGGUGUCGCACACGCAGCGCGCCUUCACCGAUCACCUCCGGCUGCACAAUGCCGAGUCCGAGUCGGCGGCGACAGCCGUCGCGUCCGCCAUCUUCUGCUGCAAGAUCUGCUCGAAGGUGCUGUCGUCGGCGUCCUCGCUCGACCGGCACUUGCUGGUGCACACGGGCGAGCGGCCGUUCAACUGCAAGUACUGCAGCCUCACGUUCACCACCAACGGGAACAUGCACCGGCACAUGCGCACCCACAAGUACCCGUCCGGGCGGGACAGCUUCGAGAGCGAUGCGGGCGGCGUCGGCACCGUCGGUACUGGUGGCGGCGGGUCCUCGUCCGAUGGAAGCGGCGGCGGUGGACACAAAGCUGGGCGUGGACGCGGUGGUCCGCCGGCAGGUCGCCACUAUCGCAAGAAGAAGGAGGAGGAGGAGGUGGACGAGGACGAGGACGCCGACGAGGAGGAGGACUAUCGGCAGCCAAAGAAGAGGAAGCGCGCCCUGUUUGAUGCCGGCGAGCAGCAGCAGCAGCAGCAGCAGCAGGACGAGGACGAGGGCGAGUUCGAGGAGGGUGACGAGGAGCUGGUCGGUGGCGGCAAGCGGAAGGCGACGCUGGGAGGCGAGCGGACCGCGCAGCAGUAUCGCAAGGUGCGCACCAUCAACAACAACCUGCUCGAGGGCUCGGUGGUGGAGAGCGGCCAGCGCUACUGCUGUCCGGUGUGCGUGCGGAACGAUUUCGCGAGCAUGCUCAGCCUGGAGCAGCACCUCGACCGGGAGCAUCCGACCAUCCCGGCCAAGUGCCGGCACUGCGAGAUCGUGUUCCGCAGCCACAAGGCGCUGAAUGCGCACCGGUGCAGCAACAACAACUACCAGAACAUUACGCCCGGCUUCAAGGAUCUCACGUUCGUCGACUUUUCCAGCGAGAAGUUCCCGCUGAUCGCGAAGAACCUGUGCGAGCAGAGCAUCCGGACGCCGGUGACGAGCCAGAAGUACGAGUGCGGCCGCUGCUACCGGGCCUUCCCGUGCUCCAAGACGCUCUCGAUGCACUCGGCCGACUGCUGCGGAGCGGGCAGUGGAGAGCGCGGUGCCGCCCACGCCGGAGGGCGCCGGCGCAAGCGAGCACCGAGCGAGUCAGACUCGUCCGAUGUGUCCGGCUCGGAUGUGGGCUCGGGCUACGACGGGCGCGGCAAUCAUCGAGCCCUGGACGAGGAGCAGCAGCAGCAGCAGCAGAGGCAUCAACAACACCUCGAGGGGCACCGAGCCGGUCAACAAGGACAGCAGCAACAACAGCAACAGCAGCAACAUCCCGUAGACCUACGCCGGGAGGACUUCUUCGCCAAUCUGGAUCUGCAGAACCGCUCCAGCACGGUGUCGGAAGCUCCGACGACGCCCUCCUCCCUGGACAAGUCGUUCUCGUCGCCAGUGCCGGCCCUGAAGCAGGAACCGCUCGCUUCGCCGACCGGUGCUGGUGCGACCUCCACCGCCCUGCCCUCCUACUACUCCUCCAACAUGGCGCUCUACCACGCGCACCAGCAGCAGCAGCAGCAGCACCAGCAGAUGGUAGACAGCGGCAAAGAUCUGGCCGACAUUCAGUCUAUCCUGAACGUGACCAAGCUGGGCGGAGGCGUCAUUGGCCGCCAGCUGGACGGGGGCAGCCAGACGCCCCUGUCCGGCCUGCUGGACGCGGCCCUGCUCAAGGACGGUGCCGGCAGCGACAGUGGCAUGUACGCCCACUCGACCGGGUCGCGCGACGAGCCGGAGGAGGCGCAGGACGCGUUCACGGCCGAGUUUCGCCGCAUGAAGCUGCGCGGCCAGUUCCCGUGCCGCAUCUGCACCGCCGUCUUCCCGAACCUGCGCGCCCUCAAGGGCCACAACCGGACGCACGUGUCGGCGGCCGGCCCGGGCCCGUACCAGUGCAACAUGUGCCGGUACGUCGUGAGCGACAAGGCGACGCUCGUGCGCCACAUGCGCACGCACAACGGUGACCGGCCGUACGAGUGUGCGAUCUGCAACUACGCGUUCACGACCAAGGCGAACUGCGAGCGGCACCUGCGCAAUCGGCACGGCCAGACGACGCGCGAGGACGUGAAGCGCGCCAUCAUCUACCACCCGUCCGAGGAUUCGUCCUGUGACGAUCCGCUCAAGAAGCUGCAGCUGUUCAACACGCCGCCGCUCGACGGUACCUACACGCCGGGGACGAUGCUUGCGGGCAGUGGCGGUAGUGGCGGUGCCACCUAUCAGGACGAGCUGGCCGAGGCGCGCAGCAGCACGCCGCUGCCGUCGCAACAGCUCAAGGACAUGCUGAUGCCGCCGCUGCCGCUUAGCUUUGUGCAUCAUCAUCAUCAUCCCCUGCUCGACACCAGCCUGCUGCUGCAGACGCCCCCGAGCGGGGGCGGCAGCAACGGUGCCGGCGGUGCGUUCGGCUCAAGCGUGGCCGCCAAAAUACAGGUGAAAAGCUUGGAAAAGCUGAACCAGCUAACGCCCCCGCAGGACGAGGACGAUGCGCUCGACGAGGACGACGACGAGGGGCAAGAGGAAGAGGAGGAGGAGGAGCAGGAGGAGGAGCAGCACGACGGCGGCGGCGAGCCGUUGGAGCAAAAGCCGACACUGUUGGGCCAGAAGGCGUCGGCAGAGGACGCAGCCGUGCCGUCGCACCGUGCCGGAAAGCAGUCGGUAGUGGAGGCCGCGACCGUGCACCCGCGGCCAAUCGAUCUGAGUAUGGAUGCGCUCGAUCUGAGCAAGAAAUCGACCGUCGCUGGCAACCGCAAGGCCGCCGCCACCGCCCCGACACUCUCGACCGACGGUGAGGAGGAGGACGAUGACACGAUGGCAUCCCAGCUGCACCAGCUGCGCCACCAGCAGCGCGGCCACAACGGGGUGGAGGGCGAGGCGCGCAAGCAUGCGGCCAGCGGCGGCACCAAAGCUCAGCAGCCGCUGCCGAAGGAGCCGACCGAGCUGGACGAGGGCAGGGCGGAGCUGCCUAAGCUUUCCAAGGUCAAUCUCGCCCAGCAGCAGCAACAGUUCCAGCUGUUCAACGACACGUUCGCGAAGCUCGAUCCGAUGAACUUCUUCCAGUUCUACCAGCUGUACAACUCGCUGCAGCUGCCCUCCUUCCCACUGCACGCGUCUCCCUUCCUGCAGAACCACAUGCUGGCGGGGUCGGCGGCCGCGCUUGGUGAGCUGUUGAGCAAGGACUUUGGGCUCGGCGCACUGCCGAACCUUGCCGCAGCGGCGGCUGUCUCGGCAGCUGCCGCUUCGACGGGCGGCAAUGGCGGCGGCGGCGGCGUCGGUCGCAAUCCCCACCAUCCGCUGCUGGGGAACCCGUUCUACCCACCGCCGCUGACUGAUACGCCCCCGAACAGCGUUACCAAGUCGGGCGACUGUGUCGAGCUGGGGACGGCCGCCACCGUGCCCACGCCGAAGCAGCUGCUAACGCCUUCUUCGCCCUCGCCGCUGGCGACACCGAUCGACGGCGGUAGUGGGUCGUGCGGUGGCACCACCGGCCUGACCAACAAGCAGCUCUCCUCGCUGCAGCAGCAGCAGUCUCGCGGGGCCAGCGGGUCGCCCGUCUCCUCCUCUGCAGCACUGGCGGCGGCGGCCGCUGCGGCCGCUGCUGCCAGCUUUGGCGUCUCGGCCGGUGGCGCUAGCGGUCCCGGUUCGGCCGGCGUCGGUCCAGUGAAGAUGGUGAUCAAAAAUGGCGUCCUGAUACCGAAGCAGAAGCAGCGCCGCUACCGCACCGAGCGGCCGUUUGCGUGCGAGCACUGUUCCGCGCGGUUCACGCUGCGCUCGAACAUGGAGCGGCACAUCAAGCAGCAGCACCCGCAGUUUUGGUCCCAGCGGCAGCGCGGCGGCCAUCUGAUUCGUCGCAGUACCGGCGGCGGUGGAGGAGGAGGAGGAGGAGGAGGAGGAGGAGCAGGAGGAGCAGGAGGAGGAGGAUCCAGUAGCAACAGUAGUGCGAGCAUGGUGGCGGCUGCCAACAGCUCCGUCGGUUCGCUGGUGUCCGCCCUCCAGGACGCUUUCGGUGGGGCAGGCAUGCACGGUGGCAACGCCGGAGGCGGCGCGGGCGCCAUCUCAGACCAGGUGAAGUACGCCAUCCUGGCCCAGCAGUCGGGCAAGGGGUCGGGUGCUAUGCGCGGUAGCGGUGGCAGUGGCAGUGGGCAGGAUGCGAGCCAUCUGAACCCACUGCUGCACAAUAUGAUCGUGCAGGGUGCGGCAGGACAGUGGAAUCAGCAGCAGCAGCAGCAGCAGCAGCAGCAGCAGCAGCGUCUGAACCACCAUUACAGUCAGCACCAGACGCCCGUCAUGUCGGCUGCUCUGGCCGGACGACGCCUGGCUGGUGGAGCGCGCGGCGAAACCGAAGAGGACGACGAGGAGGAAGACGAUCGGGGCCAAGAGCGACCGUACGAGGGGGCCACACCGAUCGUGGGUCAACGGUACCGUCGCCGUCGCCGCCGGCUGCAGUCGCAUCUCGAACAGGACAGCGAGUUUCUGCGCCGCAGCUACGACGAGACGAACGCCUAUCGAAUGGCACUGAAGGAGGAAAAGGAGGAGGAGGAGGACGAUGAGGAGCAGACAGUAAGGCAAGAACAGCGGGAGACACUGCUAGAGGAGCAGCAGCAGCAGCACUACGACCAAGAGCACGAUGAAGAGGAAGAGGAGGAGGAGGAGGGUGCAGCACCAGGUGCGCUGGAAGAAGGCGACGAGGAGGACGAGGAGGAAGAUGCGCAGCUCGUGAUUGACGAGGAAGAGCGGGACGAGUGUGGGGAGAAGAAGAUGGCGAAGUUGCAGAUGCAGGAUGUGCCGCCCACGCCGGCCACCUCGGAGCAAGAGCUCGGACCGACCGGCGGUAGCGUUGGUCACGAGCAGCAGCAGCACGGCAGCACCUUGAACCGCAUCCUGAAGCAGAAGCUGGAAGAGCAUCGCUCAAUCGGGGACGCUGGGGAUACUAAUAAGGGGCAGGAACAGAAGCCGACAGUUCCGCAGCAGCUCGCAGGCAAGCGGCAGCAUCAAUCGUCGGCGGCUACCGGUUCGGCCACCGGAUCCCGCAAGGCAUCGUGUGGCAGUACCGGCAGCGUGACCAAUGCCGACGAAGCUGGCAGCGCGAGCAGCGACCUGGUGCCCGUGUCUAAGCUGCUCGACAACGCAACGAACCCCGCGCUGGAAAGCUACUUCAGCCGACCCGAGGUGCAGGUGCCACUGUCGCAGGAUCACAGCGAUGAGGAGGGCCUGGUGGCGUCCGGUUCCGCGUCCGAGAGCAACAACUCCGGCACGGACGACCCGAACCCGUCGGCGGUGGCCCUCGCGCACCAGGAGCAGAAGAAGAAGUCGGCCUACAGCCUGGCGCCGAACCGGGUCAGCUGCCCGUACUGCCAGCGCAUGUUCCCGUGGUCGAGCUCGCUGCGCCGGCACAUCCUCACGCACACCGGCCAGAAGCCGUUCAAGUGCUCCCAGUGCACGCUGCUCUUCACGACAAAGUCGAACUGCGACCGGCAUCUGCUGCGCAAGCACGGUGACGUCGAGUCGGCCGUCUCCAUACCGGUGCCGAUCGACGAUCUGCUCGAUCCGAAACCGGAACCGAUCCCGGUGGCGGUGGCCGAAGCGAUGUGCAAGAUGAUAACCGGCAAGGGCAGCCGGUCCGGUGCUUCUUCUUCGUCGGCCAGGACAGAGUCACAGCAGCAGCAGCAGCAACAUCAGGCACUUCCGGUGGGCUCCGCAGACGAAGACGACGAACCGCAGGCUGACGCUUCCAACGAGGAGGCCAAAAACGAGCCAAAAAACGAAGGCAGUGGAAGGCGGGGAAGCAGCGUGGUGUCGGGCGAUGCUGAGCUACCGCCAAAGUUUGCGGGCGACAAAAAGAAUGGCAGUGUGGGAGGGCGGCAGCAGGUGGCAGCGCACCGGGAAUCUGAGCAGCUGAAGGAAAAUGGCGACGGCGAAGCGGAACCUGCCCGGCACCACCACCAGCCGGACCAGGAAGACGAGUCCGACGGUGCCGCCCGGGAUACGGCGAUGGAGGAGGAAGACGAGGGCAAGGAGGAUGGCCGGUUAUCGGCGGCGGGAGGCUUCUCCGAUCUGCCGUACAAGUGCCACCUGUGCGAUGUGUCCACCGCCGAGCGUGUGUCCUGCCUGGAGCACAUCAAGCAGGCGCACCCGCAGGAGUUCACCACGCUGAUGGCGAAGGUGUCGCUGGAGACUGCGUCCGCGUCGGCGACCGAGAGCGAGGCGCACACCGGCUCCCCGGACGACGACGAGAGUGGCACCAACAACAACAAUAACAACAAUAACAAUAAUAACAACAACAACAACGGUGGCAAGUAUCUCGACUAUGCCAAUCGGAAGGUUAUCUGCGCAUUCUGUGUGCGUCGCUUCUGGUCGGCGGAAGACCUGAGACGGCAUAUGCGGACGCACUCCGGCGAGCGCCCGUUCCAGUGCGACGUCUGCGACCGGCGCUUCACCCUCAAGCACAGCAUGCUGCGCCACCGGAAGAAGCACUCGACCGGAAGCGGCGGCGGCGGCAGUAAUGGAAAUGCCUCCCCCGCCUCCUCCUCCUCGUGUUCGUCCGGGCGGCGCCCUAGUGCGGCUGGCCGUCGCACCAACAACCACCAGCAGCCGGACGUCCGCAGAGGGCAGUCGAACGGGCACGACGAUCCGAACAACAGCGGCACCGAUCUUACCGACGACGACGAGUAUGAAGACGCGGAGUGCUCCAGUCCACCAAUGUCUAACCACAGCCACCAGCAGCAGCAGCAGCAGCAGCAGUACGACUAUAACCACCAUCUCCACGAUACCGCUGCGGAGAUCCACACGGCGUCAGCAGCAGCAGCAGCAGCAGCAUCGGCCCCCAUUAUUGGAGGCAAGCGCUACCAGUCUCACUUCCAGCAGCCGCAGCAGCACUCGGAGCUGAUCGGCAACCUGCUCGGCAUCAGCGACCAGGGCAUCCUGAGCCGGGUGCUGCUAUCGUCCGCGUCCGAAGCUGCCAAGCUGCUCGGUGUGGACAAGUGAGACGCGGCUUGCUUGUUUGUUUGUUUGUUUUUGCUUUCUUUGUGUACAUUACAUUCCUUAUCGUUAAGCUUAGCAUGUAAGACACACACGGCGAAAGAAGAGGGCACAGUUUUAGCUACUACUUUUUAACACAAACGCAAAACACUCGAUACAUCGAAAAUGACUCAAGCGUAGCGUGCGCCAACUUUGAAGAGAGAGAGAAAAAAAACGUUGUAGCGGUACGUAGAAGUGCGCAAAGUAUUGUAUAAAUAUGUUUCUUUUUAACCAUGGCAUCCCCCGGGGCCACAGAUAGCGAGCACAUUAGUUGAAGUGUACUAGUUAUUAGAUGGAAUAGAUUUUUUUUUUGUUUUAUUAUUAUUAAAAUUAAUUGUGGUUAGAUAAUCGGAAAAUGCACGCGCGUAGCAUGCGGCAUUCCCCUCCCCAAAAGCAUAAUCAAAACUAAAAUAUUACUUAAUAUAUUUAUACUCCUAUAUUCUAACUUACAAUAUAUUGCACAGCUAAAUAUGAUUACGCCUUGGGUUCCAUUAGAGCACGUUUCUCGUAUUAGGCGGAGUGCAUGAAAGAUCAAAUAACCCAAAAGCGAGAAAAGGCACACUGAUAGCAACAUGCGUUGCUUUAAACGGUUUAAUUUUGAUAGCGCGUGCGGCAGUGUGUGAGCAAGCGUGCUAUUUCCCUGCCCAAAGUAAUUAUAACUUUUUGUUGCUUGAUUUUAAUUACCCUAGUAAGAUAGUGACCGCGCAAUAGUGUGUGAGUGCGUAAGCUGCAAACGUUGCGUAUCCUUAUUUUAUCUUUUGGUAGUACAUUAGCAGCUUAGGGCGAAAAUGUAACUUAUUUCGGAACGUAUCGAAUUGUGGACACCAACAGAACAUGUUGCACAAGCACACAGGCUAGGCCAUAAAACAAAAUGGAGGGAGAGCAGUACUGCUACUGCCUAGUUGCGGGUGUGGUUGCGUGCGUGAGAGUGAGUAGAUGAUCAAAGUGUCCUUUUUAAAGAGUUUUUUUUUUAAUAUCUUAUUUCUGCUGUUAAAUAUUUAUUUGCGUUCCGUUUUAUAAGGAAGAUCGUCAACAAGAGUUUUUUUUAACUAUUGUUUUUUUUUUUAAUAUAUAAAUACUACCUAACUGAUUAUGCUAAUAAGGAAUAUAAACGUACUUAAGGAAAAACAAAACGGAAACAUAGUCGUAAAAUACAUAACUGACAACAAUGCAGCUAUAAAGACGUUUUAAGUUAAAAAAAAAAGAACAACCAACGUGUCAAUGAAAUGUUUUAGCGACGUACAUAUAAAUAACAUACAAACGCACUUAAAAUAAGCUCCGGAACAAUCGGGAUUUUGUUUUUUACUGCAAAUGCUAUCGAAGUGCCUAUAACGUGUAAAGCGAGCCGGUAAUAAGGGGAUUUCCGUGUACUGAUACAUUUUUCAUUAAUUUCUGCCACCCCGUUAUCCUCCUCUGCCAUCAUACAGAAGUUUAAACGAAAACAAAUGUAAUAUCUAACAAUCGAUUUGACAAGAGCAAAGAAUAUCUGCGAAGCAUGUGCUAAGAGAGCCAACAAGGAACUGCUUGUUGUGCUUUGCCUAGAUUUCAGGUUGUAGCAAGCGCAAUAUAAUAUUAUGUAGCGAAUGUGUGUGUGUGUGUGUGUGUGGGUAGGCCUGAUACGAAUAUAGAGUAGGUGCGACAGCUAAUAACCACAUAUAAUGUAGAUUUACUAUCCUACCCUCCACCCCACACCCUCAACGUGUUAGUGUAUAAAAGCGAAGGGAAUAAGAAAACACGGAAAUUAACGAUCCUCAUCCAAGUCGAGAACAGCGUUUUUCGUAACCGUAUCGAAUUAACUUAUCAAAACACAACCGAACUCUCACUCUUAUUGUGCACCAAGUCAGCCAGCCCGGGGUUUAAUAAAAGGGAACAAACAUAUCCUGUUUACAAUGCCACAACAAAACUUGAGUAGUGCUGAUGUCCUGCAUAACUAGGCUCUCUAGCAGAUUGUUGGGAAUCCCCUACCCCACGCUUCGGAAGAGGAAGUAUCGUUCGAGUGAAAAAAAAACUGGAACUUCUUCAUAUAAUGCCAAUACGAGCCAAUAAGAGUACGAAUAAGAAAUAGUAGCAAGAAAGGGUGUGGUAUGUGGCGCGCGUGCGAGCGGGAUGCGAGGUGUGGAAAAAUACAGCAAUACGACCAAAGGAGUAACUGCAAGGUAGUAGUGUGGGUGCGAUAUGGCAAACGGAAUCGUGCUGAUCGAUCCCGAUUAGCGGCAUGAUCAUUAGUAAGCGAAACAAAAAAAAAUGCAAUACUUCUUAUAACCCCCGAAUAUAUUUAAUUUGAUGUGUUUACUAUUUAGAAACUAAAGUCUUAGUACGCCAAACCUAAUGCGAGAACCACACCGUUUUGAUAGGAGGAACACGUGGCCAAGCUAGUGUAUCGUAGGUCGCCUUUUGUUUACUUUGCAGUGCGACGGUGCGCCGUGUCAUUAAGGGUGUUUUAAAAAGCGAUUAUUUGUCUGUCUCUUUCUCGCACACAAUUAAACAAACUAUUCAGUAUAGACAAACAGCCCAAAGAUGAAGGAGAGCGCUCGAUGGGUGGGGGAUGAGCCACGUGUUUGCUUUAGUAAGAGUGUCAGAGAAAGAGGUUUGACUGCACGUGGGACGAUAAGAAUUCACUGCAAGUGCCAUUAAACUUACAACGACAAAACAUGAAAAAACGAAGUUGAGUCAAGAUUUUUUUAAAGGGUCACAAACAUGUAAUGUGGCAAGAGAGCGCAAUGAUCUGUAAAUUAUAUACAAUGAAUCAAAAAUCUAAUGAAAGGCAACACAAAAUGAAUGGAUUUGUUAUACCCUCCUGCAACGCAUUACUCACAAAAAGCAUACAUGUGCGUAUGUGUGUGCGUGUCCUACCUUUGCUCAUACUGUUUGGGACACGGUUUGGUAUUUCUCCUUCUCUCAAAUAGACCAUCUGCAUCUCCGUGUGCUGUAUGCAGCAUGCAGUUUGCAGAUACAACUUAGCUUGUAACGUUUUUCACUCAAGGUCUGGUCGUUUUAACACACAUUAUGCGUGUGUAAGUGUGUGUGUGUGUGUGUGUGCAGACAUAUGCUUCACUCUUAUUUAUGCCUUAAACAUAUUGUGUUCAGAGUCACUAAAAGAAAAAUAAACCCGUUAGUGAAGAAAGGGUCAGGGCAAGAGCCGAUUAUAAUUAAAAUGUAAUUUUCUCACAUACAUGAAAAUAUAGAUGUAGUGGAAUUGAGGUUAGAAACUGGAGAGGGACGCCCACUGUAACGUAGUUUGCCGUAGUGUAGUUGGAAGUAAAGAAAUCGCCAAUUCGGGGGUGGAAAGGAAUGUGUUGCCAGAACACACAACGAGACACUUACGUGCAUACCACAAUACUAAUCAUAUUCAUGACGCUAUUUAUGAUAAAAAAAAGAAAACAGAAUCAAUAAAAGUAAUCUAUAAAAUUGA